AUGGUACGUUUAUGGGCUGAAAAAGAAAUGCGCAAUCUUGCUCGGAUGUAUGCAGCUGGUCUACCGGUACCUCAACCAAUUUUGUUAAGAUCGCAUGUUGUAAUGAUGUCGUUUAUCGGUAAAGAUGGUUGGCCUGCUCCAAAAUUAAAAGAUGCUCGUUCAACUACGUCUAAAGCGCGCCAACUUUAUAGAGAUUGUUUAAUAAUUAUGUGGAAACUAUACAACAUUUGUAAAUUUGUACAAUAUGCUGAUCUUAGCGAGUUUAAUUUAUUGUAUAAUGAUGGUGAAAUAGUGAUGAUAGACGUAUCUCAAGCUAGUCAAGCUGUUGAAUAUGAACAUCCAUAUGCAUUAGAAUUCCUUAGAAAAGAUUGUACAAAUAUGACAGAGUUUUUCCGUCAUCAGGAUGUCGGUACAUUAACCAUUAAAUGUUUAUUUGACUUUCUCACUGAUCCCACCAUCACAUUAGAUAAUAUGGAAACUUGUCUUGAUCGUCUUCAAGUAAAUAAUAUGGUCAAUUAA